AUGAAGGGUGCAAUCCUGGGUUUGGUUUUAAUCUCUCUCCUGAUAGCAGUCUCUGACGUAAAAGGUGAAGGGAAUUAUAUGAAGCUUUGUGGGAGAGACUUCAUAAGAGCUGUUGUCUUCACAUGUGGGGGAUCCCGAUGGAGAAGGCAUCUGACUGAUGAUCCAAAAGAUCUAUUUGAAGACAGAGAGAGGCACCUGCAUUUGCCACGUGGAAACAGUGAUUCAACAGAACCCUUGGAAUAUGGCAUUCAGAAUCCAGAACCCAUGAGGGAAGAAACCCUUAACAUCAAACCCCAGCCUGAGAGAGACUUAAGAGGCACCAGGCAAAAGUCUAUACAAAAAAGGCGGGAAGUGGUUUCGCUACUUUCUACAUCCUGCUGCAGCAUCGGCUGCAGCGAAAGAGAUAUAAGUUCACUGUGUUAA